UGUCCUCCCCCCUCGCGCCUCAAGCCCUCCACCGUCGGCCGUGGAAGCCAUUGCCAGGCGCACACUAGCUCGAUCUGCCUGCCCCCAAAACCCAGAGGAGGAGAGCAGGGGAAGGCCCGCUGGGGCUAUGGGCAACACCGGGAGUACAUCUCCUGCAAGCUUAGGAAAGUCUCAUGUUCCACAUUUAGAAUGGAAGAUUCAUGACUUCUCAGCGCUACUUGAGACAGGAGCUACGUCGGCAAAAUCUUCUCAUUUUCACUACUCCGGGUAUAAGUGGUUCCUGAAAGUGAUACCAAUGCAUAAAAAACCUGGCGCUGAAACACCAUAUGUUGGUCUUUGUCUUAAGCUAGGCUCCAAAACCCUGGAGCCGUGUGACACGGUAAAUGCAGUGUUUGAGUUAUCAGUAUACAAUCGUGCAAAGAGGGUAUAUUGUGGACGCAGAGCUAGCCAUAACUUUGAUUUGAACAAUACACACUCGAAGAAUGAAUGUUUGAUUCCUCUUCAGGAGCUACUAAAAUCAUCUGCUUUUCUAGUUGAUGAUAGCUGUGUCUUUGGUGUUAAGAUAUUGAAAAUUAAAUUAUUUUCUACUGAAAAGAAGGCUGCUGUGGUUCCGAAGAAGGUUACCACAGUACAGAACCUUUUUAUCCAGAAGAAAGGGCUCAUCAAAGGGACCUACACCUGGACCAUGGACAACUACCAUGAAUUGGACUCGAAACGCUUUGUUUGUUCUCCUACAUUUGAAGCCGGUGGACAUAAAUGGCAUGUUGGCAUGUAUCCGCAUGGUCGCAGAAACAUCACCAACCAUGUCUCCUUGUUCUUAUACCUGGAGUCCUCGGAUAAGCUCUGUGACGAGUCUGGGAAGGUAGUUGAAUUGACUCUGUCCAUCUUGGACCAAAAGAACGGGAAACACUCCACCAUAACUUCAGGUCUCUUGGUGUUUGGAGGUGAAAGCAGCUGGGGAUGGCCCAAGUUCCUUACAGUAAAAAAAUUCAAGAAUCCGUCGAGAGGCUAUGUUGUAGGAUCAAGAUGUGUCGUCAAGACAGAUUUCACUAUCGUUGGCUCAUCCAAUGAUGGAUAGAUCGUUAGCUCAUGGCCCUUGCAUCCUACUUGCUAGUAUUAUGUCAUACUGUGCUUGUUUCUUUUCUGUCAUAUAUUGUUUUGGUAGCAGUACUGACACGAUCAUCCUAUGGUGCUAAGGACGAACUUAGCACCGGAAAUUGAGAACAUGUUAGUUUAAUUUUGGGCAAUGCGAUGUUUGAAAGUACUUCAAUAUGCCACG